AUGCGGCGGGGAAGCUUUCUCCAGGAGAUGGAGAGAUCUGGUACCAUCUCUCUCAUCCUCGAAGCCUGGAGCUCCUCCAGCUCAGAAUCCCCGUCCCACAACACCACGGGCUGGGAGCUGCUCUUGAGUCGAUUUACGGUACAGCAGAAGGUUCCGGUCAGUCCUCACUGGUCCCAGGACACCCAGAGGGACGGACACACCCGGAUCACGUUCUCCUACAGGGUGGUGUGUGACGCUCAUUACUACGGCGAGGGCUGCUCGGUUUACUGCCGGCCACGCAAUGAUACCUUCGGCCAUUACUGGUGCGGGCGUGACGGGCAGCGAGUGUGUGAGACAGGCUGGAGCCAGGAGUACUGCACUCAACCUAUCUGCCGGUCUGGGUGCAGCGUGAAGCACGGACACUGUGAGAGACCAGGAGAAUGCAGGUGCCUGUACGGCUGGCGGGGGCCGAGCUGUGAUCGCUGUGAGCGUCACCCUGGGUGUCUACACGGCUCCUGUCAACAACCAUUUCAGUGCAACUGUGAGGAGGGCUGGGGCGGACUGUUCUGUAACCAGGACCUGAAUUACUGUACCCAUCACAAGCCGUGUCACCACAACGCUACCUGCACAAACACAGGGCGUGGCAGCUUCACCUGCAUCUGCCCCCCCCACCUCACCGGCCCUGACUGUGGGACUCCCACCUCUCCCUGUCACAGUGCCCCCUGCCGCAACCAUGGGCACUGCACGGAGUCACAGACAGCCUAUCACUGUUUGUGUUUGCCCGGAUUCUCUGGGAGCGAUUGUGAGCUGCGCUCCCUGACCUGUGCCCAGUCUCCGUGUUUCAAUGGCGGCCGCUGUGUGGAGGGGACUCUGGGUCACAAGUACCGCUGCGUGUGUCCCCUGGGCUUCACCGGCCUCAACUGUGAGCAGAAAGUGGAUCAUUGUACCAGCAACCCUUGUCUCCACGGUGGCCAAUGCAUUGUCUCAGGCCGCUCCCGGUUGUGCCGGUGUAACCCUGGCUUCGCCGGCUGGCACUGCGAGGUGAACGUGAAUGAGUGUGCGAGCAGACCGUGUGCCGGGGGUUCCCGCUGCCUGGACCAGAUUAACAACUACACCUGUGUGUGUAGCCCAGGCUUCACCGGGAGAGACUGCGGCGAGCGGGGGCCGAGCGCGUGCCAGGCCGAGCCUUGCCGGCACGGGGGCACCUGCCAGGAGGGCGGACAUGGGGCACCCUUUGUGUGUCAGUGUCCUGCCGGCUUCCUGGGUGUGUGGUGUGAGCAGGCGGUGUCUGGCCGGGCCAUGGCUGGCACUGGGCUGUGGGUGACUGCGGGGCUGGCUCUUGGUGCCCUGGCUCUCCUCCUGAUGCUGUGCCUGCUCACUGCGGUGCUCACACACACCGGGAGCCGCCGCCGCAGCCACCGGGAAUCUCCCGCCCAAACCAUCAACAAUCUCAGCCAUUGCCUGCUGCCCCUGGCCCCCACCAAACUCAACAACAAGCGGGCAGAGCUACAGCUACAGUGCCCGAGCCUCACCCCCGAACACAAGCACCACCCCCACUGGAACCUCGUCAACAUCAUCAAGGCCGAGCUGACAGCCGAGCGCAAGUGCCACCACCGUGGGGCGUGCCCGGGGGAGGAGACAUUGCCCCUCAAAGCUCAUUGGAAUGAAGAUGCAGAGAGAGGAAUCUCAGGAGACUCAGAGUUCGAGGACACGAGGUCAGCGUACGAGACACCGCUCAGCGACGAGAGGAUAGUGGACACUGAGGUAUAACCGAGAAGAGGAUUGUGCGGGCAGCACUGUACACAAUGUGCAUCUCCACUUAUUUAUUGUCAGCGUGAUCCUUUGUUCAGGACCCACAGCCCCAACCACCAGCCCCCCACCCUUCACCCACCACAACCGCAAAC